AUGAGAAGAGUCUUCACAAAGAACCAAAAAGCAGUCUCUGCCUUCCUUUCUACCAAACAUCAACAAUAUCAUACCCAAAGCUCUAUUUUGAGUGUUGCUACCAACGCCAAAACAAGAGUUACACCAACAUCAUUGAACUCUCAAGUUUAUGAAAAUCCAAACGCUAAACGAGUAGCUGUUGAAAAGAAAUACCUCCGUAAAGCACAAGCUGCUUGCGAUAAGAGAAAUCCCGAGACUGUCGAAACUACCGUUCAAAAUAUUAUUGAAGAUUUAAGAAUUAAUAAUGUCCCUGUUCCUUCAAUCGAAGUUUAUACCCAAUGUAUUAAUGCUUUGGUUAAAAGCCAAAAGUCUGACAAGGCCCACAAAUACUAUGAUAUGAUGAUGCAACACUAUAGUCUGACUCAAAUUCCAAUUAGUUUACUCGUAUAUAUGAUUAAUGCCUGUAAAUAUAAGAAGGAAGAAGUUAGAGCUGUUGACUAUUUCAAUCAAUUCAAGGAAAAGUUGAAGAUUCAUGAAGAAGCAGGUGAUUCUAUUCCACAUAGAGAUGAAAUCAUUACUAGAGCAUAUACAAAUUUAAUUAACAGUAUGAGUAAUGUUUUGGACAAGGAAAAAUGUGAUCUCUAUUUUGAGGAAUUUAAGUCAACAUACGGAGAAGAUAAAGUUGAUUACUCAUUAUAUGGAUGUAUGAUGAAAGUUAAUUCUUUCCUUCAAAACUAUGAUGAUUGUGCCAAGAUUAUGGAUACCAUCAAAGAAAGAGUUUAUACAAUCAUUCCAACUGGAACUGAUAUGGCUGAAAACAAUCCUUCAAAAGUUUUGACCCUCUUUUAUAAUAUGAUGAUAACAUCAUGCCAAACACUAGAACAAACAGAAAUUGUUAAAAAGCAAAUGGAAGAUGAACAAAUAACUUAUGACCAUCAAACAUAUGUAAAUUUGAUGAAGAAAUAUCUUCAAUUCGAUGAAUAUAGCAAGAUGUACGACCUCUAUGAAAACCAUUUGAAGUCUACCACUAUACGAGCAAAGGAACCAGUUUUCUUCCUUUUGCUUGAAGCAUGUUAUCGUGAAGCCUUCCAAAGAGCUAAUGAAGUUAAAUCUACCACAGGAAAUGACAUUAGUAAGACAGCUAUUUUUGACAUGACUCGUAUUAAGAGAUAUUGGAGUGAAAUGAGAAAUAAGUAUGGCAACAAAGAACCAAGCGAUGUUAUGAUUGAAUCUCUCCGUAAAAUUGUUCAAGAGAACAAGCAAUUCAAGAAAGAAUAUAGAUCAGAACUCAAUAAUCUCUUCAAGAAGCAAAAACUUGAAAAGAUCGAACAACUCAAGAAUAUUCAAAAUGAAGAAAAAAAGCAAAAGUAA